AUGGUUGGGCUCAGCCAACACAAGAAACGAGCUGUGGAGAAUGUGUUGUGCAGGACCUGGGAAGACUAUCUCAGGAAACAGAUUCACAGUAACAAUGAGUAUCCAGUGUUAGUCAAGGAAGCAGGUCACGUCCUGCCCAAGAAGAACAGAGCCACGGGGGUGUACAGAUGGCCCGUGCCCUUUUCAGUGAGGACAGGAAGAGGCUGGGAGACUCCUUGGAUUCGCAGCUCCAGUGAAUCCAGCUCUGGGAAUUCGUAGGGGAUGAUGGACAGGAUGAUGGUGAUUUUAGCGGCUCUGCUCAGCAGAUCUUUUGCUUGCAACUUUGAGCCAUCCUCCUUCAACGACACAGGGAUCGUGGUCAGAAUCACCAAGUCAGCUGCGCUCGUGUUGAACGAGCAAACGGCUCACGUAAUUCAAGCAGCCUUUCGACAUGCAGACUACACAGAUAUUAAAGGGGAGAAGUCCAUGAGGUUUCUUGGCAAAAUUGCCUAUGAAUUAACAAACAUCCAUAUUAAUGACCUGUCCAUAGAAAACACUGAGGUCAACUUCAAAGAGGAUGAUGCCAUUGACAUUGCAAUCUGGAACGUCUCAGCCUCGUUCAAUGGAACCCUAAGCUAUGGAUACGUGGGUGCAUGGCUGGUGGAAUAUAUCCAUGAAAUUGACUUUGAAAUCGAAGCCUCCAUCGAUCUCCAGAUAAACAUGAAAAUGACGUGUGAAAAGGAGCGCUUGGCAGUGGACACCUCAGACUGCUACCUGACUUUCCACAAGCUGACCCUGCAUCUGCAAAGAGACAAAGAUCCAGGAUGGCUAAAACAGCUUUUUACAAAUUUCAUCUCGUUUACCUUGAAGCUAGUUCUCAAAAACCAGGUGUGUAAAGAAAUCAACUUCCUUGCUCAGCUGCUGGCUGAUUUUUUUCAAGACUCAGCAGCAUUUUUUCUCCAAGAUGAGGAUAUAAGACUGGCUAGUUCUCUGGUGUCAUUUCCAGGAGUAAAAGCAAAUUACAUAGAAUCAUAUCAUAAGGCAAUCCUCCUGUACAAGAACUAUUCCAGGGACUUCCAUGACUCUCCGUUCACACCAUCUCUCCUGGCGGAAUCCCGAAUGCUCUACUUCUGGAUUUCAGAACAUGCCAUCAGCUCUGUGGCUUUAGCAGCCUUUCUAGAUAAACGUCUAGAAUCAACCAUCACAGGAGAAGACUUAAAGGAAAUGUUUGAAAGUGAGGAGAUGAGAACUCACCAGGACACUGUGCGUGAGAUUUUUCGAGGCGCCUCCUACAAUGACUCCAUGGCUAAGGUGUGGAGUGUGGAUCCUCCCCAGAUCACCCUUGAGCCCGAAGGGGCUGUGGUGAAAUCGUCUGUGGCUGUGGAACUCACCAUUCCUUCACAGGGAGGAGAGCCCUCUGCAGUUCUGUAUUUUGAAAAGGAUGUCACCACCACCAUCCAAGCUUCCUCUGUGCAAAAAAAGCUGAUCCUGCAUCUGUCUCAUGCCACGAUACAGCCCAGAAUGUUAAAGUGCUCCCCUGAUAUAGCUGUGAGUAAUGCAACUCUGGGGCACGUUUUGGAGAAAAUCGUUUUGGUUUCUGGAAUCCCAGAAGUGAUGUCAAGAAUUGAGCGAACUCUAACCUCCCUGGUGAUGAGCAAAGGACUCGACCUGUUAGAAAUCAAAGAUCUUGAGAUAAUAACCCAAAAGGGAUACCUCAUUAUCCAGGUGGACUUUGAUUUCCCGCACCAUUUGCUCAUCGAUUAUCUUAAGAAAACCCUACAGAACAAUCCCCAGGAAGAAAGUAAAUAACCUGUCAUCUUCGACGGAUUUCC